UGCUUUAUAAGAUAGUCUUUGUCGACCUCUAAUAAGAGAUGAUUUUAAAACUGCUCGAUUCAGUAAAGUACAUAAGUCAGAUGGAGCACGAAGAACAUUGUAGAGCGUUGACUUUACCGACCGUACUUCCGAGAACCUGCGAGUAUGCGAGUACGCCGCUCGAACCAGUCACUGUCGCCAUCGUCAGUCUUCUCGAUUGUUUUCGGAAACGGAGUUGUCUUGUGAUAGCGCAGACGCAGAGUCCGCUUCGUUAGGUUGGCUAUCCUGCGCGAAUCGGUUAAUAAAGUUUGAAAUUUUUGUUAACUUGCUUGCGUGCAUCACCGGCUUCUCGAUCUCAUAGAUUUUCAUACGUAAGACAGACAGAGAGACAGGUUAUAUUCGCUACUCGGGUAGGUAUCACGCGAUCGCUUUGCUCCGAUUUUGCCGUGGUCAAACCGUGGACAAAGAUAUCUGUUUAUUAUUGCAAACGACGCCGUAGCCGGGAAGAGGGGCAGCGGGGCAAUGGAAUCCGACGACGAAGAUAUAUUCGCUAUUAGCGACGAGGAGAUGUCGGUGCAAUCCCCGCCAACAAAUCCCGUCGAAGAACACCUUCUGAAGGAGCUCGCCAACGUCAAGAGCAGAAUCGAUCUCACGACGAGUGAGAUUGCCGAAACGAGGGCGACCACCGAGCGCGUUUUGGGUGCUCUUGAAUGGCGAGCGCUGUACGGGGAGGACGCGAGUUCCAACUCGGAUAGCGACUUGUAUGAUGUCGAAGGAGCACCUGUGACAAAGAAACCGAAACACAGUAAGACCAGUGUAGUAAAAAAUUUGGAGGUAACUUUACAGUGGCAAUGCGUUCUUCAGGACAAGUGGAUUAUUGGAGUAGAUCUAUACAAUAGAUCUAGUUGCACGUUGGAGAAUCCAAGAUAUUAUCCAUACGUGUUAUCUAUGCGGGACGAGCAGAUUUCCGGAGAAUCGGCGUUCUGGAAAUUGGAACAAGAACGUGCUUUCCACUCGGAAAAGAUCAACUCGAUCCAACCCGGAGCCGUUGUGGCGACAACGGUGAUAGAUCUGGGAUGCUAUCCGAUGUUCGAUCAGGAGCCUGUCGUCAAGUGCUGGGGUAUAAUCUCAUAUGAGAUAGAUGAUACACAAUUCCAAAUCCCAGUGCCGUCUAUCCAGCUCUCCAUUAAGAAAACGCUUGAUAGUUCGUGUAUAAAGUUCUUAGAUGAAAGAAGAUACAAUACGAUAUUAGCCCUGAAAAGCACGUCUACCAUAGAGAAGGUUGUUAACGUUUGCUUUUCGAGAGAUGAUCAAGAUGAUCAAAAUGGAUCGGGCAAUGAACUCUUUCAUUUCUUGAUCAGAAGAACCUUUGCAAAGGUUUACGACAAUGUUUUUUUAAUGAAAGAACACGGCUCCCUGAUGUACUGCUUGAUUGAAGUGCAAUCGAUCGAUGUCAAGGAAGCUCGUAUCCGAAUCUUUGCCAGAUCUGUCAAUCAGCUGAACGUAAUAUUGCAUCUUCUGCAAGACGAAUUUCAGAAUGUAUUUGUUGUGGACGAGACUAAUGAUUGCGUCGAAGCUGCGGAGGCUCUGAUUCGCGAGUUAAAGAUGAUUCGCGAUAAGAAAAGUAUUCGCGACAUACAAGAAGCGAAAGUGAUAACAGACUUACUCAUUCCUUAAAUUCUACUUACUAUUAUGUGUUUAUAAAAGAUAGUCUUGUAUUAACUCAUUAGUUCCUGAUUUUUUAAUUUUUUUUAAUUAAAAAAAAAUAUUAAAAAAAGCAUUGGUAGGUAAUAAAAGAAGAAAAUUUGAAAAAAUGCUGUUCUAUAUGUAGGACAGUGGGAAGAAAUGGGUUAGUACGAGGUGUAAUUGUAUGUCAUGUAUAAAAAUAUAAGACUGCAAUUAAUGCAGCAAUAUAUCAUUCAAAAAAUUAACAUCGACGAAAUAGAAAAACGUUAGUGUAAAUAAAUCAAGUUUUUAUUA